AAGGGUAGGAAAGUAGAGUCGCAACUGUCAUACACCCUACUAAGUUUAAUACUAUCUCAGUUUCAACACCGAUUACAUACUCCUAAAUCUGUAUACUUCACACUCUCCUAAGCUCCAAGAGCUCACUCCACCGUGUCUUUGCUCUGCACAUCUCUGCCUCUGUCUCUGUCAACAAUGGCACCACCCCCACGACCACCGCGAUUCUUCUUCACUCUUUUGCUAUUCAUCCUCUCCUUCACCACCACGGCCUCCAAAUCUAUCUCCCUGUCACCGACACCCUCCCCCACUUCCUCCCCAACCCCAACUAGGCCUACUCCAACCACUCCCUCUUCAUCUGCUUCACCCUCCACGCUCGAUCCGAAGCAACUCAGGGCCCUGCAGUCCCUCAACAUCCCAACCUCUAAGGACCCGUGCCAAAGCAAGAACAACGCCACCCUCCUCUGUGACUCCUCCAAGCCCUUUCGCCACCUCCUUUCCCUCUCCCUCUCCAACUGCUCCGCAGACGAUGUCGCUCUUUCCUUCACCGCCCUCAAAUCCCUCUCUUCCCUCCAUUCUCUCUCCUUCCUCAACUGCCCCAUCUCCCCCAUUCGUUUCCCUUCCGAACUCGCCUCCUCUCUCACAUCCUUCACCUGUAUUCACUCCCUCAGAACUCUCACUGGCCUCUGGCUCUCUCGCCUCCAUAAUCUCACCGACCUCACCGUCUCUUCCACGCCCGUCAAUGCCUCCGGCCCUUAUGUCAUUCUUGGUAACAUGAAGAAACUUAAGUCCAUAACCAUCUCCCACGCCAAUCUCUCCGGAAAUAUUCCUAGGCACUUGAAUCUUAACCUUACACACCUCGAUUUUUCGGGUAAUAGGCUCAGGGGGAAGAUACCCAGCUCCGUCACGCUUCUCGAAGACCUCGAACUCUUGAAUCUUUCGUCGAAUGCGCUCGUUGGUGAGAUACCCACUUCGUUUGGGGACUUGAUUUCACUAACGAACGCGUCCUUGGCGUCGAAUUCUUUGUCCGGGUCGAUACCGGAGUCGAUGUCGGCAGUACCGAGUUUGGUUCACAUUGAUCUGAGCUCGAACCAGUUGAAUGGUACGAUUCCGAGGUUCUUUUCGGAGAUGAAGAGCUUGAAGUACCUGAAUCUCGCGAACAAUGACUUUCAUGGGGUUAUGCCAUUCAAUGGGAGUUUCAUUAAGAGGUUAGCUGUGUUUAAGGUCGGGGGGAAUAGCAAUUUGUGCUAUAACCAUUCAGUUUUGUCAUCAAAGUUGAAGCUUGGCAUUGCUCCAUGUGAUAAGCACGGAUUGCCGAUGUCGCCGCCUCCGUCUAAAGCGGAUUCCUCUGCGGAUGAUAGUACCAGUGAUUCGGACUACGAUGAGAGUGAUGGGGACGAUUCCGAUGAGAAGAAAGAACAUCAUCACGGACCAAGUAAGGUUGUUCUUGGAGUGGCAAUUGGGCUUUCAUCUAUUGUUUUUCUUAUUAUUUUCCUAGUUCUUCUCUCAAAAUGGUGCCGUUAAAGGAACAAAAAAAAAAAAGACGUUUUGCUUAUUUUAUUUCACUUAGAUUAGGAGAAAUUAGUAAUUAGAGAUGAGUUUUCUUUCAUUUAUUAUACACUUAAUGAUGAAGAAGAGUAGGUGCAGAGAGAGAGAGAGAGAGAGAGGAAUCAUUGGAUUGGUUUGUAAUUUUUUUUGCCGCUUUGAUCAUUUGGUGGAGAAAAGAGCAGUGAGUUGUCAUUUUUCACUGUUUUAGGUGUGUUCACUUGUGUGUAUUAUUAGCUGCCGUUGAGGAUAAAAGUGGGUGAUCUGUAAUUCAUGAAUCCUGCCUUUUUCUUGA